GAUAGCGAUUCGAUGUUCUUCCUCGGUGCGCAACUUGCCACACAUCGUAAAGCUACCAUACCCGGACGAACAAUGGCUUUAAACACUAACGAUAAUGUAGCAGUUUUUCUUGAAAAAGGAGUUCUCACAGUGAAAACAACGGAAACACCCACGCCAGCUAAGCACGAAGUACUCAUCGCUGUUGAUUCAGUUGGUAUUUGCGGCACAGAUGUUCACAUCUGGAUGACUGGAAACUUUGGAGAUAAAAUCGUGAAAGCCCCGUUAAUAUUAGGACACGAGCCCAGCGGUGUGGUAGCUGCCCUGGGCGAGGGGGUCACAAGACUCAAAGUUGGUGACAGAGUUGCAAUUGAACCAAGUAUACUCUGUAGAACAUGUGACUACUGCAAGCGUGGAAGAUACAAUCUCUGCACAGACUUGAAAUUUUGCGGCGUCCCGCCGACCAACGGGACACUUGUACGAUAUUAUUGUCAUCCAGAUGAUUUGUGUCACAAACUUCCUGAUCACGUGAGUUUAGAAGAAGGAGCAAUGUUAGAGACAUUGGCUGUCGGUGUGUACGCAUGUGAACGAGCUGGUGUCACUCUGGGAAGUAAAAUAUUAAUCGGCGGUGCAGGUAGCAUUGGUCUUGUAACUCUGCUCACUGCGAAGGCCAUGGGAGCUACGGACAUUGUUGUUACAGAUAUUGAUCAAAGCAGGUUGGAAUGUGCUAAGCAACUCGGCGCAGAUUACACAAUGGUCGCCGACAGCAAAGAUGUUCGCAAGUUUGCAAAGAAAAUAGAACAUGCUUUAGGUUGUAUGCCAGAUAUCGCUAUUGAGUGUUGUGGUGCGCCAUCUAGUGUCCAGACUGGGAUAUAUGCAACAAAGCCGGGCGGUGUCGUGUGUUUGGUUGGUCUGGGUCCCGAUGAUGCCACAAUACCGAUAUCGAAUGCAAUAACCAGAGAAAUUAACAUCCGCACUAUAUCCCACUAUGGACAUGGAUAUCCGACGGCCCUGUCGAUGGUAGCAUCUGGCAAGAUAGAUGUAAAACCUCUGGUGACACAUAAAUUUCCCCUGGCCAAAUCGUUGGAUGCUUUCGAGGCAGCCAAAAAGGGUGAAAAUGGUACUAUUAGAGUGAUGAUCAAGGUAUCAGACACAAGUUAAUAGUAUCAAGAAUGUAUCAAGUAACACUGAAAUAUACAACACUUAUUAUGCCUAACUAGUAUAAUAAUAUUGUCACAAGUGAUUUAACUUAAAUACAAAAAUGGAUUGCUUAGUAAUUAAUUAUUCUCCGUAAAAUA